AAGCUAGUGAGAUCCCCUAAAAGUCCCAAGCAAUUGCCAUCAGUUCACAAAAUAUCUUAUCCCUGGCAGCUGGCAGAACAAGUAGCGUUAGUACAGUUCGUCGCAUUAUUCGAGGAUUUAAAACCUGAAGGAACCGAGUGGCCCUCAUUUGGCAGUCGCCAUGAAUACUGGAACAAAGCAGCAACUUUCGUUCAAGAAACUGCAGGAACAAAGUACCUGAGAUCCGGUAAGCCAAAAGCAGAAACGUUACCUGAUUUUUGUAUAAAGAUUAGUUUGUUUGCCUUUUUUUACGCAUCAUCUGUUGCUUUCUAAAAUGUGCAAUUAUAUGAUAUCUAUAUAAAAAAAACUCUACAUACACUUGACCAACUGAGAAAGAUGUAUUAAAAUGACCUUUAUUCAACAUUCAAGUAUUCAGGAUUCCCUUUGUAAACAAAGAUACCUUAUAUUUAACUGCAAUGAAUUGGUUUGCAGAUUUUAUGUAUUUAUUCAGAAAUAAGCUAAAUACCACUAAUGCCUAUUGCUUAAAUGAUAUUUCCCCCCACAAAGCCCGAAAGGUUCUUAUCCCCCCCACAGAACCCGAAAGGUUCUUAGUCACAAGUUUUGAAUAUAAACCACUCCAGGAAGUACAUCAGUAUUGCUUUUUGAAGCCAGUUAAUUGGAAAAGUAUUACUUAAUAUCAUGUCAGUAAAGGAAACCCAUUCUGUAUGAUUGGCAUGUAGGCACUUAAAAGGGGUUAGAAAAAUGUGUUUAAAGAAUAGUUAUGACACACAGUUUUUGUUUUACCUUUUUAGCAAACCAAUAAUUUUUGUAAUUAUUCAUGUAGGUAGCAGUAUUCGACAGCUACUCCUAGGGGAGUUGAAAAAGAAGUUCAAGUGUAUCUCUGAAGCAGAAGAUGCUUUGGGCAUCACCAUAGAAUCAUACUUGUUGAAAAAGUCACCAGGUUUGGCCAGUCUGCCUGGUGAGUUCCAGUAUCUAAGAAUGUCACCUUCGUUAUCAGGACAUAUGAAGUCCCUGACAAAUAGCCAAGUCUCUGACUUAAUAGUGGAGGGUUUGAUGUGCCUUUUAUAAGAGACACGUGGAAAUGCACUAGCUGCUACAUUUAGCAAUGUUCUAUUGGCCUUCUUGAAGAAUGUGGAUGAUAUGGAUAUUGUUAUGUCAAUCAUGGAUGACUUGUCUGUAUGGUUUGCUGCCAUAAAAGGAAUUGUAUCAUACCCGAAGAAUUUUGUGCAGACGUCUCUUGCUGCCAUGAAGAGACUUGAAGCCAAUGGAAAGAGUAAUCCGGUUUAUAAAUUUUGGCAAGUGUUGACAUUUGACAGACCUGACAAGUCUUGA